AUGGUUCAGCAUGUUGGGAGCGUGACUAUUCAAGGUAGAAUCAAAAGAAGAAACCUGUAUUUGAUAACUUUAGUUUUAUCCUUGUUCCUUUACAUCAAAGUUAGACAUACUGAUGACCGAUGUUCAGAGAAAAAGGCCUAUGCACAAAUUAUCGCGACUGGAGGUAUUAAUAAUCAGAUAAUAUCAGCUGUAAACGCACUGUUGCUAGUGAAGUACCUGAAUAUCACCGUUCUAUUGCCCCUCUUUUCUGUCCAAACCGGUUCGAAGUAUGCAACCAUUUCUCUCACAGAAUACUUCGAUGAAAAACACUUCAAUGUAGUUCUGAAAGAACUUGGAAUAUCGUUAUCAGUAAGGCCCCCCUCAAAUUGCAAGGAGAAAACUGUGCUCCAAAAGAGCUCAGGACGAAAAUUUAAAGAGAUUAUUACUGACUUGAGCGCUAUGCGUUCGAACAAUGCUAACUGCCAACUGAUUGAAAUAGAAAAUCAGUGGGGGAUACGCGAGUUGGAUCAGGACUUCAACGGUUAUAUGAAGCUAUUUGAAGCCUUUAAAGUUCGAUCUAGUUUGUACAAAAUUUAUGAAAAUUAUAAGAAGGAACUCAUUGCACAUCCUUUUAUUGCAAUUCAUGCUAGGGUAGAGAAAUCAUGGCCGACACUAUAUUUCAAUUCACACGAAGAUAUUGGUAUUAAAGAUGAAAUUGCCGGUAUGGUCUCGCAUUUGAAGAAGAUUAACAUGAAAGGGGUUCGAAAUAUUUUCAUUUUAUCUGGGAGGGACUGUGUGGCUGAAAUUUUCGAUCCUCUCCGAUCAGCAGGUUAUGUGUUGCAGUGUUUGGACUCCAGAACCGCAACUUUUAAUCACACUGGAGAAGUUGGACGCGAAUCAUAUCAAAAGGCCCUUGUGGAUAGUUUAAUAGCGUUUGAUGCGGAUUAUUUUAUUGGUAGGUAUGCAUCAUCUGCUUCAUAUUUACUAAAGAUCAAGAGGAGGGAGAAAAAUGUGAGUAUGUAUUGUGCAAAUAGUGGGUUUAUGUGCAGUGACUGCGGGCGCACCUGUCUUAAGCACCGAGGUGUUAAGAGACAUUACAAGUCUAUUAGAGACAUGGAGAACUGUUUUUUUAUGCCUGGUUGUGGCACUGAAAUAUGUCGUGAUAGGGUAGACAAUAGUCAAAAAUACACAUGUCAGAAAGAAAAUCUAAGCAAAAAGACCUCAAUAUCACGUUCGUGUAGGAUUAACCAACAUUAUUUGAUUCAGAAUGAAGGGGGCUUCAAACAUUGGUAUACGCAAUGUAAAGCAGGAAGAAACGAAUGUGGUGAUGCACUUUUGAGAAAUUGUUAA